AUGUGUCGACAUGGUAAAAGGGAUGUCGGAAUCAAACCCAUUGGAAAUAGGCUUGGAUUAAAUGUUCAAGAGAAACUGCAGAUAUUUAAAACUGAUGGGAUAUUCUAUGAAUGUAAUGAAGUUGAGAGAUCUAGCAACAGUAGUUCCUCAUUUUCACCAUCUUCAAUACAGACACAAGGUCAGAAAGCACUCAGGGAAAGACCUCACAAAUGUAAUGAGUGUGGCGAAACCUUUCUUCAGGGAUCACACCUCGUUAGACAUCGGAUCAUCCACACAAGAGAGAAAUUACAUAAAUGUGAGGUAUGUGGCAGAGUCUUUAGUCGUAAUUCAAAGUUCGCAACCCAUCAGAGAAUUCAUACUGUGGAGCAGCCUUACAAAUGUAAUGAGUGUGGCAAAACCUUUAAUAGCUCAUACCUCAGGAGACAUCAGAUCAUUCAUACAGGAAAAAGUGUAUAUAAAUGUGAUGUAUGUGGCAAACUCUUUAGCCAAAACUCACACCUUGCUGCUCAUCGGAGGGUUCAUACUGGAGAGAAACCGUAUCAGUGUAAUGACUGUGGCAAAGUUGUUAGUCAGUAUGGAACCCUUGAAAGUCUUCAGAGAGUUCAUACUGGAGAGAAACCUUAUGAAUAUAAUGAAUGUGGUAAGGCCUUUAGUCAAAAACCAUAUCUUCAAGUUCAUUGGCGAAUACAUACUGGAGAGAAACCUUUCAAAUGUAAUGAGUGUGGCAAGUUCUUCUGUCUAAAAUCACACCUUACAAGUCAUCAAAAUUCACAUCUUACAGGUCAUCAGAGAGUACAUAACGCAGAGAAAGCUUUCAGAUGUAAUGAGUGUGGCAAGGCCUUUAGUGUAAAGGGAACCCUUUUAAGUUAUCAGAGAAUUCAUAGUGGAGAGAAACCUUACAAAUGUAAUGGAUGUGGUAAGGCCUUUCGACAAAAGUCACAUCUUCAAAUUCAUUGGAGAAUUCAUACUAGAGAGAAACCUUUCAAAUGUAAUGAAUGUGGCAAGUUCUUUAGUCGAAAUUCAUAGAGUCAUCAGGGAGUACAUAUUGUAGAGAAAGCUUUCAAAUGUAAUGAGUGUGGCAAGGCCUUUAGUGUAAAGGGAGCCCUUUUAAGGCAUGAGAGAGUUCAUACUGGAGAGAAACCUUACAGAUGUGAUGAGUGUGGAAAGGCCUUUUGUCGAAAAUCACAUCUUCGACUUCAUUGGAGAAUACAUACUGGAGAGAAACCUUUCAAAUGUAAUGAGCGUGGCAAGUUUUUCAGUAGAAAUUCACACCUUACAAUUCAUAAGAGAAUUCAUACUGGAGAGAAACCUUUCAAAUGUAAUGAGUGUGGCAAGGCCUUUAGUGUAAAGGGAAACCUUUUAAGUCAUCAGAGUGUUCAUACUGGAGAGAAACCUUACAAAUGUAAUGAAUGAGGCAAGGCCUUUAGUCGAAAAUCACAUCUUUGA